UAGAAAUCAAUUAAGAUUGAAAGUCACACAUUGUACCAUAGAGGCAUUGAUAAAAUUAAAAACCAUAAAGUUCAAAGAGCAACAAAAGUCAUAGACAAAAAGCAUUCAAAGAGCAACAAAAUGAUAGACAAAAGGCUAAGAAGGAAGAAAACCAGCAAAUUAUUAGAAUUUGGGUCAUCUUCCCCUUCUAAAUCUGCAGAUUCUUCCAUACUACAACAAAGUGUUUGACAAAUUAACUUGCCCAGUAGAAGGAAGAAAACCGGCGACAGAAAAAAAUCAAGUAAGAAGAGAGGGGAAGGAGAGCCGAUAUCACCUGCUUGACUGCUUCUGAGUUCUGUCACUUGCGAGACGGGAGGAAGAGAUGGGAAGGUGUGCCGCGGUUUGGAGGACUUGCGAGACAGGAGGAAGAGUCGCACUCAAAGAAAAAAAGAAGAGAAAACAAUCGUUUAAUUUGCCCAGCCCAGAAAACAGAGGCAUACCUCCAGGAGAAGAGCGAAGGAGAGCAAUACUAGGGUUUGCGCAGCACGGAGAAGAUCAAUUUUACAAGUUUGGGAAGGUGAGGGACACUGGAAGAAUGGUGGAGUCAAUCUACUGCGGCGACUUGACCCUAGGACGAAUGGGUGAGUUGGAGAUGGUGAGGACUGUGUGACGAUGGAGGGGGCGGAACCCUAGCUUUCAGUAUGUUGCAAUCGAUCGAUCUGGGGGUCGUAGAUUUUACAGCUUUGAACAAGGAUUCUCGACCAAUUGGCGGCCGUUAGAUCGGAGAUGGUGUGCACGAGCCAAUCAUCGUGGAGUUCACUACAUCGGCAUCCUCAGUGCAUGAUAUCUGCCACAAUUGUGUUAUCAAAUCUGUUUCCUUCUUAAAUUGAAGAGAUUUGCUGAAAUUC